CUGACAUCUCGCAGAUAAGUUGUUUUUUAACUCGUUAACUAACGCCGUCUUAUUUCCAAUGAUCACACAAAGAUUGAAUUAUUCUAAGUUAAGUUUAAAUUUGUGCCUUAGAAAACACGACAUCAAAAAUGAACAUCGUGAAUUCCAUUUGCCGUGCCUGUCUUGCUGAAGGUGUUCCAAUGAUAAAUCUUAUGAGCGACUCCGAGAUUUUGGAAAAUGGUAGCGUUAUGGGCGAUGAAGAAGAAGACUCCAGUCGAGAUCCAGCCUCCAUUCAGUUGGGUACGAUUUACAGUGAUCUCACGCGGUUACCCUUGUUAGAUCAAGUAUCCGCCGGAAGUAUUUCCACAAAUAUUUGCAUGCAAUGUGCGAAAUCCUUGAAAGAAUUCCAUCACUUUCGGCAAAAGGCUAUACGCGCCUAUGAGGAACUGCAAACCAAGGCUAGUAUCGCCCAAAUCAUAAACCAUCUUGAUAAAAGUAGCAUAGGGAGCGUGCGCAACGAUCGUCUAGAGGAAGACUUCGCCGAAGAUCUGAUGGCGGAAGAUGAGCUGAGCAAUCGGUUCAAGAAACCACUUGCCGCCGGAGAGCAGCGCUGUGAGGUAUGUCAGAAGGUUUUCAAAAAUAAACGGAUGCUGUUUCGUCACCAGGAGAUUCAUGCCAGCGAAAAUAAGUAUAAAUGUCGGUACUGCGGCCGAUGGUUUCGAGCUAGAAGCAGUUGGUACAAUCACGAGUUGAAACAUCGCCAUGCGGUAGGUCGCGAGGUAAAACUAGAGCGCGAAUUUCUUUGCGAGGUAUGCGCAAAAUGCUUUAAAAAUAAAAAAUUACUCAAGGAUCACUUGGAAAUUGUACAUCAAGGACUGAAAAGAUUUAAGUGCGAUAUCUGUAACAAAUGUUUUACACGAAAUGGUUCUCUAGCGGAGCAUAAACUCAUACAGCAUGCAGGAAUCAAACAAUUUGCUUGUAACAUUUGCGGUAAGGCAUUCGGGAAAGAGGAUUCACUUAAAACUCAUCUGACGGUUCAUUUGGGCAAACGAUUCCGGUGUGAAGUUUGCUCGAAAACUUUUCUCAAAAAAGCAUUCCUCACUGCACACGUUGCUAAAGCACACCCAAGUGAAGAUGGUCCGGUGCCAUUUGCCUGCGACGUUUGCAAGAAAACUUUCAGUUCCUCAUACCACUUGAAAAAUCAUCAGAUGAUUCAUACCAACGAUCGUCCACAACAAUGCAAUCAAUGUGGUGCCUCUUUUCGCCAAAAGCAACAACUAAAGGUUCACAUGUACCAGCAUACAGGAAAACCGUUCAAAUGUCAGUUCUGUCCGGCCGCUUUCGGAAUCCGAGCUCGCCUAAAGGCGCACCAGGAUAAAAAUCACCAAGGCGAACAACAGCAGCAAGCAAACAACUCACCCGCAUUAACCGCACAAAUAAUUAAUGAACCAGACUUCGGCGACGGUGCCAUCAACGAGGAGAUAUUGAACGAAAUCUGCUAUCAAAUCGAUGCCAAUCAAAUUGUCCUACAGAAUAUCGAAGAUGACGGUGUGAACUUGAUCUAUAGUAGCAAUGAACACAUCGUCUUUUUCGACGAUGGGAAUAAUUUGCUCCCCGAAGAGAUCGACCCCAUCGGGCAAUUUUUUACGAACGAGAAUCAAAUCAAAAACCUACAAUAAACUAGAAUUAUACUUUAUUAGC